AUUUCAUGUUUAACAUGCCUCUUCUUUAUGUAAUUUUGUAUUUCACAGCGGUCAAAACUGAGGUGUACAUUCAUGUUUGCAUCAUUCGCAUAAAUUAUUAUCGCCAGUCACUGUUGUAUUAGCCUAUUUUUGUUUUUAAGGAAAUCCGAUUGAUUCCGUUUGUGUUCCCCGACUCUACCGUCUCUGUGCUCAAUUAUGCACUCUUAGCUUUUUCCAAAUACAUUUUCUUUUCAGCAAUACACCCCGAAAGCUUGGGGGCACCUUGUUCGUACGCUGCUCUCGGGGGCGAGCUCCUCGAAUGUGUGCAUGCGCGCAAGAGUGUGUCUGAGUUUGUGCGCGAGUGUGUGUGUGUGUGUGUGUUUGAGAGAGAGAGAGAGCGUGUGAAUGUGAGUGUGAGUGUGUGCGUGCGCGCGUGUCUGCUCUGCUGUUGCUGCCCUUUGAUCCCUGCAUUAGUGUUAGUUAGGGGCUCGAAGACACACUUGCACCGAGAGCAGCCAUAGUCAAGACACAGCAACAACAACAGCGGCACCUCCUCCGCCUGUGUUCCCAUUCCCCAACAAUACACUUUAAACCGAGCAAAGCCAGGUGCACGACCAAGUCCCUGCCAUCACUGGCGCCUCCAGUCUCAAUGGGAAAAACCUUUUUUCUUCUUAUCCCUAAACAAGGACGAGAAUGUGAUUAAAAACGGGGGAAAAUGCCAAGGAGGAAGCAGGAGCAACCCAAGCGCCUGCCUUCACAUGUGGACAGCAAUGAGGACGGAGGGCCUGAUGCCAGUGCUGUGGAGGAGGAAGGUUGGUUUGGGAAUGCUUCUGACACACGUUCAGAGUCGUCAUCUUAUGGAGACACCCAGGAUGAGCUCCUCCUGCCCAGAUGCUCCUCUCCUGAUGAACGGCUUGGAGUCAGCACUGGGUCUGCCGACCAUGACACCUGUGGAGGUGAGAGUUCACUGGGUUGCCCCACACCCAUACAUCGUGCCUCUUUGGAACUUCUUGGACUGGAUGGAGGUGCAUUCUCGGCCCAGGACACACUCUCCACAGUGGUGUCAUCACUGUAUGGUGAGGCAGCGUCUCGUGCCCUGGGAAAACCCCUCAGCAGCAACCUACGGCGCCUCCUUGAGGCUGGCUCACUGAAACUUGACACUGGGGAGCUCCUGGGCCGGUCCAGGGGAGGUGCUGGAGGGGAGUCUCCUCCAAUAGGUCUAGCUCCGUCGUUGACCCUCUCCCCGUCUUCCCACCAUGCCCAGCAGUUAAGUGCUCUUGCCCGAAAACUGGCCAACAACAACAACAGUGGUUCAGCCUCACCUGCCUCCUUGGCACCCUCACUCACCAACAUUAAGCAAGAGCCCCUUGAACCCUUUAACUCGGUCACUCCUAGCAAUGGCAGUGGCUUUGUAUGGGCAGGUGUUGCAGAUAAAUGGCCACCAGCCAGCUGUUCAACACCCUGUGGCUCCAGCCUGUCCCCAGACUCUGCAAUCCAGAAGUUAAAAGCAGCAGCAAAUGCUGUACUUCAAGACAAAAAUGCGGUGGCGUCCUCCUCAACGACUUCUUCUUCCUCCUCCACCUCUGCCUCAUCUGCAAUGCCAGCCCUUGGAGGAUCUGGUCGAGGAGAUGAUGUGGUGCGCUUUGAUACCUUCAGCUCUCCAUUUAGCCCACAGUCAGCUAGCUCCACCCUCGCCGCACUUUCCAAGAAAGUCAGUGAGCGGAGCCAAGCCUUGUCAACGGCCAGUGCCACCACUGACCACCAAGCCUCAGCAAGUUCCUUCCUUUCACUUGUUUCAAUGACAUCCUCUGCUGCUUUGCUCAAAGAGGUGGCAGCCAGGGCAGCGGGUAACCUACUGGCAGAUAAGAAGGAGGGUUCCCCCUUGACGAAUGCUGGAGUCCUCCAAGAGGAUGUGAAGCCCCUGUUGGACAAGAACCGGAAGGCCCCCACGCCCUCUACACCCACCCAGAACCUAGAGUUGCUGUUACCCUCUACUCCAAAGGGCAGAGGCAAACCCAACAGCCAAGCAGGCUCUCCUGAGGAUGGUGGUAAACCAUUCCAGUGUCCUGUUUGUGGACUGGUCAUCAAACGCAAGAGCUACUGGAAGAGACACAUGGUUAUCCACACAGGCUUGAAAAGCCACCAGUGUCCCCUGUGUCCCUUCCGCUGUGCUCGCAAAGACAAUCUCAAGUCCCACAUGAAGGUACAUCAGCACCAGGACCGGGGUGAGACAUUUCAGUGCGAACUUUGCCCCUUCACCUCCUCCCGUCACUUCAGCCUGAAGCUUCACAUGCGCUGCCACCAGCACUUCCCCCGCACAGACAUUAAGGUAAAAGAGGAACUCACCACAGACACGGAGGGCGAGGGCUCCCUGAUGGGUGAUAGUGGUUCUGCGGACCUGAGGGGGACAGAGGCGUCCCCACUGCACUCAGACACUCAGCAGCAGGCGUCCCCUCCAGUCGAGGCGUCCUCCAAUCAUGUCCACAUCAAGGAGGAGCCACAGGAGAGAGACCUGUCUGUGCUCUCCCCCUUUAGCAUCUGCAGGGACCAUCCCAGCAGCAGUGCCAACUCUCUGGACCUUUCUGCAGUUGGGAUAGGAGGUGGGGUCAGAUCCAGUCCUAGUGGACCAACCACAGCCUCUCUCUUCAGCCCUGACAUCACUACCAAGACAGCUACUGACCUCCUUAUGAAGUUAUCAGCAGCCAACCAGAAGGAGACACUCAAGUCUCCGUUCCACCUGAAGGAAGAGCCCAAAGUGGAGGAAGCGCUGAGCCCUAGACCAUCCUCUCAAUCCCAGAGCCAGGCCCAGUCAAGCUUCCCUGCGACUUUCUGCCAGGAUGGGCCAACAGGGACGGCAGCAGCCUCAGAGCGUCCAGGGCCAGUGAAACCAAGGGAAGGAAGCCCCAUGUCCAAGAACAGCUUGCUGAGCCAGGAUAUCAAUGUUAAGGUGGCCUCAGAGCUGUUGAUUAAGCUUUCAGAAAACAACAAGGAGGCCCACUACCAGAAGGUGAAGGUAAAGGCAGAGCCCAUGGAGGUGGACCCGCCCCCUGCAGAACUCACCCCACCUGCCUCUCACCUGCUGGCCUUCAGCACUUUAGGGGCGAGUGAGAAGAGCGAGCCAGUGAGUAGCCUCUCUGAAACGCUGGCCUGCCCCCAGAAAGACCUCUUCUCCCAGGACAUAUCGGUCAAAAUGGCCUCCGAACUACUGUUCAAAUUGUCAGAAAAAGUGAGCAAGGCCAACAACCACAAAGACAGUAACAUGGUGGGAAUAAACAGACCAUUCCUGGAUGAGUGCUUCAGACAAUCACCCUUUAACUCGCGCUCCAAGAGCUCUUCCCCCGCAGAGGCCAGUUCCUCUACCAGGGCAACGUUCCAAGACUCAGAAAAGGACCACGGGGAGCCUGGAAACGGGAUUGCCCAGUGGACACUGAACGAACAGCUCUUCCCCUGUUCCGUCUGUGGCAAGGUGUUCGGUAGACAGCAGACUCUUUCUAGACAUGUGUCUCUACACACAGAAGAGAGGAAGUACAAGUGUCACCUGUGUCCUUACGCAGCCAAGUGCAGGGCUAACCUCAAUCAGCACCUGACCAUCCACUCUGUCAAACUGGUCAACACAGACGCAGAGCAGAUCGUCAGCGCUGUUACUGCUGACUCUGCCGAGCGCAAGAACUGCCCUUACUACUACAGCUGCCAUGUGUGUGGUUUCCAGACGGAGCUGAACGCCCAGUUUGUCAGCCACAUGUCACUCCAUGUGGACAAGGAGCAGUGGAUGUUCUCGCUCUGCUGCCGCGUCUGUGAUUACGUCUGCAUGGAGGAGAACGACAUGAAGAACCACAUUAAUACUGGACAUGCAGGUCUGAACUCCAGAAGUCCCCUCAGUGAAACCAAGAGCACCUCCUCAUCCCUAUCAGCCCUCAGCGAUUCACUCAACAGUUUGGAAGGUGGAGACCUCACCCACGGUAACGAAGAACCCAAGAGCCUGCUCGUCCCACCAUCCUCUGCAGGCAGCCAGUCCAGCUCCGGAAGUCACUCGGGAUCAGGAACUGAGGAUAAGUCUGACAAAGGCUUCGAGUGUGUCUUCUGCAAUUUUGUGUGCAAGACGCGCAGCAUGUACGAGCGGCACCUACAGAUCCACCUCAUCACACGAAUGUUUGAGUGCGAUGUCUGCCACAAGUUCCUCAAGACGCCCGAGCAGCUGCUGGAGCACAAGAAGUGCCACACCGUCCCCUCUGGAGGGCUCAAGUGCCCUUUCUGCAACUACUCCACCAUUCGUCCAGCGGCCAUGGAGUGCCACCUUAAGACGCACUGCAAGAUGGAGUACCGCUGCCGCAUCUGCCAGGGACUGUGGCCCGACCAGGCCUCACUGGAGGCCCACAUGCGCAGGCACCGCCUGGGCAACCACUACAAGUGUGAGCAGUGUGGCUACUUGUCCAAGACGGCCAAUAAGCUGAUCGAGCACGUGCGUGUGCACACAGGUGAGCGGCCCUUCCACUGCGACCGCUGCUCUUACAGCUGCAAGCGCAAGGACAACCUCAACCUGCACAAAAAGCUGAAACACGCACCGCGCCAGACUUUUGGCUGCCAAGAGUGCCCUUUCACCACCACACACCCCUUUGUCUUUAGCCGCCACCUCAAGAAACACCAGAGCGGCGGAGCGGGGGGACUGGAUGGAGGUUUUGGAGGAGGAGAAGAGGAGGAGGAAGAUGAUGAGGCAAGAGAGGAGGAGCUGUUUCUUGAGGGAACAUCACCAGGGGGCUCGUCGUUGCAGAACAGCCAGGAGAACUUCCUGUUCGGCGGAGGAGGGGGGAGCAGCGGAGGGAGUGGAAGUAACAGCCCCCUCAUGAGUCUAGCAGCAUCCCAGGCGCUCCAGUCCGUUGCCCUGUCAAUCACACUGGGAAAGUCCCUACAGCUGGACCCCACCAGUUCUCUGCACUGUUUGGUCGGCACUAAUGGCAAUGAUGUCACCAGAAAUCCCAGCGGUCCAAGCGGCAGCAGCCCCUCCCUCUUCCUCCCCGCCCCCCCCCACAUGUUCGAGCAGUACAAGAACUGUGACCAUGCGCCCCUGAUCCCCCUCACCACCCUGUUCACCCAUAACAGCCGCUUCACAUUCCACUCGCACCUCCACUCCAGAUGGUGGCCCGCCACAUCUCCUCUCCUCUUCUCCUCCAACUCAGCCUCCCCCUCCCGUUCUCCCCCUUCACCCACCUCCCACAAACACUCCUUCCUGGCCUACCUGGGACUGAUGGAGAGGGCCAAGACUGUUUGACCUCACCCCUCCUCCUCUCCU